AAAGGGAAGAUGGAUCAACUGAGAGGCCGUAAUUGCCAGGACUAACACAGGCCAUCAAGUCUCCUGUCCUUUACAAACUGAAACUGAUGGGAAACAGAAUAGCCUACGCGGGCUAUUAAAGUUUGGACGUCUCCUCAAGGCUAGUCUUUUAAAAUAUUUAACAACUUUUGAUCAUACCGUACACUCAACUAAUGAUUAGCUAUGGAUUUUUCCCAGCUUGAUAAAGUUCGAUCUUUAAUUGAAGUGGACCAUUGUUACACAUCUUCAAGUAAAAUUAAUUGUGAUAGUGAUAACGAAAUAUUCAACUUGUCACCUUACCAUUCAAAUCUUGAAGUAGAAGAAAGUUGCUUAGAUGUUGGUGGGCCUGCUCCUAGAUGUUCAUUGGAAGAGGAAAGAGUUCAUCAAAAUCUAUCAUUCACUAAUUGUUCGUCUGUGCCUGAGUUAUGUCAAAGGUUUCCUACAAAACAACCCAAAGAUGAUAACCAUACGUGGGUUUUGUGUGAAAGAAGGCAUUUGAAUCAGAUUUUAUCAUCUCUGAGAAAAGUUUUGAGAAAUGAAUACUUUUACUGCUCUCAAUUUCAUGAUAUUAAACGCCUAAAUGUAUACAAGGAACUUUGUCUUCAUCGUGCUGCUAAUACUCUGAGAAGAAUAUUCGCUGACCUUUUUUGGCACAUAGAAAAAUGUCACAGCAUUCACCUAUGGUGUGUGAAAAAUCUUUCAGAAACUUUGUUACCAAUUUAUCGUUCAGUUUUUUGUAUAUUAUGGAGAAAAAAUAAGGUUAAUCCAUUAUUGAAAGUGCUCAAUACGAUUCUGCAAGAACGCUGUAUGGAUGAUGUAAUAGUUAAUCGAUUCUUAUCUGACUUCAGAUCAUCUGUCAAUGAUGAAUGCAACGACGGUGUAAAAAAAACUUUGAUGCAGUCUUCUUCACGAUCCAUCAUUACAAAGAAUAUACCUACUCAGAUAUCUUUAAAUCGUUCAACAAUUGGGGAUGGAAUAGUUCUAGCAUGUAUGACUUUUCCGGGAUCUCGUGACAGUAAACGAUUACAAAAAUUAAUCAGUUUGCUCGGUGAAAUUGGACAAAUUAAUUUAGAAGAUCAUGAAGAACAAAUAUGUGAUAGUAUGAGACUUCGAUUACGAUUAUUUGUCCGACGUGUUAUUAAUUUGCUUGAUGAAUACAAGAAUGAAUCUAUUUAUCUAGUUAGCUUCGGUGUUGGUUCGUUACUUAUGUUAUUAUCUGUUAUACAUAUACUCUCGUUGAAUAAUUCUCGCUCAGAAAAUAAUUAUACUAAUCGAACAAGUAUAAAUGGAAUUAUUUGUGUUGGUUUACCAUUAAUUGGUUUAAGAGGUAAACGAGGUGAAUUGAAUGAUCCACUCCUAUCGAUACCAGCUUUACCAAUAUUAUUUAUUAUAGGCGCUAGAAGUCGACUUGGUGGUUAUAAAGAAGCAGUUGAAUUUCGAAAGAGAUUAUUCAAUGCUAGACAAAGACAACGUCCACUAACUUCUCGAAUCGAUAAUAAUGACAAUGAUAAUUUAAUUCAUAUGAAUUAUACUAACCAAUUUCGACACAAAAUCAAUGGAUCAUCUAGCAUCACUGCUACUAAUACUACUACUGUUGUUCAUGAUGAUAAUAAUGAAUUGAAUUCGAUCUCACCAACUUUUGAUUUAUUAGUUAUUGGAGGUGCCGACCAUUUACUUCGAAUGCAACCGUCUGCAUGUAGACGUUGGUGUACUACACAAAGUAUGGUAGAUAUUAGAAUGAUGAAUGCUAUCAAAAAGUUUAUUUGUAAAACUAGAAUACAACCAUUUGGAUAGUUAUCCAUGGACUUUAUGUUAUCCCCAUUAACUCCCAGUGGUAAGAGGUGAUCAUGACUUAAUAUUAUUUUGACAACAAUAACACAUUCAUAAGCAUUAAAUCCAGAUUUUUGUUUUUACGCUACAUUGGUAAGAAUAUAAUACAAUUCAACAAUUUCUUUUGAAUAUCAUCAGAGAGCGAAAAUAAUGUAUAACCAUAUACAAAAGUUUACAUCGUUUUGAUUAGUAUCAACAUGAUGAUACAUGCUAUCGUUCAUAUUUUUUAAAGAAAAAAACAACCUCUGAAAUAAUUGGAUUCAAAUGGAAUAGAGAAUUACUUAAGAUAUGAUUUUUAGUAGAUGAGAAAUAAACACUAAGGUGUAUAAUAUUAAUAUUUUUGUAUUUCGAGUUAUUUACAUUGUGAAUUUUGUAUAGUAGUUGUAAAUAAAUAAUAUUACUUGUUAAUUUUUCAAAUUCUCACACAUGAAUAACUGUACUCAAACCACAAUACAUUUUAAUAACCUUAUAUAAAUUUAUGUGUUAUACU